AUGCGUGGCUACGAAAUCAGUUAUCUUACUACAGACUUGUUGCGCGAUAUGACGUACGAUCUGGAGAUAGGUAACACAAUCGCUUAUCGUCAUAAUGCUACCUUCAAACAGACAUUGGAAUUUGCUCCCACAACUUGUAUUGACUAUGAUCAUAUGCCAAUGUAUGCAGGAGUGUCGCAAUACAUUCCACUGCCGGAUACGAAUGAGUUAUGCUUUAUGGUACCAAAAAGCGCUGCAAAGUCGGUGUUUUUAGUUUUACUCGAUCCUUACGAUCGCUACAGCUGGAUCGCGUUCGGACUGACUGUAGUCGUGAUAUCGCUGGUGUUGUAUUGGUUUAGUGAAUCUUCACGACAAAGCAACAUCAUAUUUAUCGUAUUGGAGAUGUUGAUGAUUGUACUGAACGGACCUACGCAUGAGCUAGUAGAACGAUUUGAACGAUUUGUUGUAGGACUGUUCAUGUUGCUCAGCAUAGUAGUGAUAUCCGGCUAUCAGUCACUGGUGAUUUCGUUCAUAUCCUCACCACGCUAUGAUCCACAGUUGGAUACAUUCGAUGCUAUUAAUGACACUUGUCUGUUUAUGCACGACUUAGGUUUAGCCAACUUGGGAUACCAUUUCAAAAACACUCACAAAUCGUAUGAGAUAUUUGAAUCAACUGACACCAUGUGGAAAGUGAAGUACUGUGUGAUGUCCACCUGUACCGAGGCCAGGUACAUCAUGGCGCAUGUUGGUAACGUUGACAAGCCCAGAAAAAUUGAGCCAGGAUCGCUGGAAUUAUACACCGAAGAAGAAUGGAAAAAGAUGAAACAUCAGUUCACAUAUUUCCGCUACUCGAAGGCUCGUGUUGGAUCAACAACAGCUAUGUACCGUGUAAACUAUAAUUCUCCUGUGCGCCAUCAUUUGACCUUUUAUACACAGGCGUUUAUCGAAGGACGGUUACAGUACUUUCCGGUGUUGAGAAAAAGUAAACCUAAGCCGAGUGAACUUCUGGAAGACACUUUAAAGUCGGCCGCUGUACAACAGAUGGGUUUGAAGGAUUUGCUGAUAGCAUGGUUGGUAUAUUGCGCUGGAAUAUUGCUGAGUGUGGUUUGUUUUGUUGGAGAGCAGGUAGUGCUGUGUAUGAAAAAAAUUAAAAGAAUCGGAUUGAAAACGUUAGCCAAAAUAAAAUACAAUUCCAGAGUUGUUUUACAUUUCGAGCAAUGA